AUGAGUACUCCCUGUAAAACGGCUGCUCAUCAGAUCUAUCAUCAAAUGCGAAUGGCCUGCCCGGUUUGUGGAAUACCCUCAGCCUACAUGGAUGGAUUUGUCUCAGCAGAUAUGGUUGAUAUCCUUCAAACGAAAAUUGGUCAGUCCUUUACUCACGCGACCUUACCUGUUCCAAAGACACAUAGAUCAAAAGCUACACAAGGGACAGUUUACCCACACCAAAAAAGCAAACUCAGCCAAAUACGACCUCCCACCCCUUAUCCUGGCACUGGAGCUGGUCUUCAGGAGCUGAUAGCAACCACCAAAUUGGACGACCCACAAUAUGGCUUACACGGAAACUUGGAAGAUGUCAAUCAAGGAGUGAGCAAUAUGUUUUCUUCAUCUGGGAUAGGAGUUCCUCUUUCCAAUGAAAACGAUAUCGAUAUGACCUCUCAUGCACAUACAUUAGCAACACUUCAAGCCCGGGUAAACCGACUGGUUCCUCGCAUCGUUCGAUUCUCCCCAGGGAAUGCGAGGUUGCGCAAGAGGUUCAUGGAGAUGACUUCAAAGAUAUGCUUACCAUGCUUGAACCCCCAAAAUAGUGAUUCUCAAACUUCCCUUUCAGAAUGCCUAGAAGUCAACCCCAACAAAGAAGUUUACAAUACGACCAAUGCUAUGUUACGUAGGAUCAAGGAUAGAUUAAAUGGUACAAAACCCCGUAUUGUUAGAUUUAUGCCAACCAAUGAGCGCUUGAGGGAUAAAUUCUCGGCCCUUAGGGAAGGGAGAAUGUUGCGGUUUAUCGCAAUGGGCCAAGCCGCAAUCGCAUCGCAAUACGGAGGCUACCGCAAUAAAAAGUUCCUUGCGUUGCGGGAUACCGCAACGCAACACAAUGCUCAGUUAAAUUUGGGCUGCUCUUAG